AUGCCCGAAAGAAAACAGAAUCUGAACGUUGGAGUCAUUGGUGGUGGAAUUGCUGGUCUCACGGCAGCGAUCAGCCUCCGCAAAUUUGGCCAUGAGGUGACAAUAUAUGAGAGAUAUCACUACGCAGGAGAAGUUGGUGCAAGUUUAUCCUGUGCUUCCAACGGAGGGAGGCUGCUUAAGGAGCUUGGUAUUCCUUUGCUGGAGACUAAACCAGUCAUUUUGCGCAAGCUGAUCAAACGUCGGUUUCACAACGGCGAGAUAAGUGGGGUCUACGAUCUUGGCGACUACGAAGAGUCUUUUGGAGUGCCGUACUACAAUCUUCAUAGAAUUGACAUCCACGAUUUGCUUCUCAAGUAUGCUUUGGAUGAUGACGGAGAAGGCAUUCCUUGCAAACUUCUAGUCGAUCACAAGGCACUGACUGUCGACGCAGAGUCUGGAACGGUUACUUUCGAGAACGGACAUAAGGCAACACACGAUCUGAUCGUUGCUGCUGAUGGAAUCCGAUCACUCACACGGGAGCAGAUUGGAAACCCACCAGAUUUUGAACCAUCAACAUCCUGUUGCUUUAGAUGCUUGUUUGACACGAAAGAAGUGGUGGCCAAAGGUCUCACCGACUUUUCUAAAAACGAGGCCAUUGAAUAUUGGUGGAGAGGAAUUCCAGGGUCCUCUGGAAUUGACAAAAUUGUCAUGUCUCCUUGUAAAAGUGGCGAAGUGGUUUCCUGCUAUUGCUUUUAUCCAGCCGUGAAAAACGACCUUCGUAUGGGUGGCUGGAACGACGAAGCUUCUGUGGAAGAGCUCUGUGGCACGUUCCCUGAUCUUGAUCCAAAAGUUCUGGAUCUGUUCAAGAUUGCUUACGAUAUCAAGCAAUGGAGACUGUAUGUUCAUCAGCCUUAUGAGCACUGGCAAAAGGGAAAGGUUGUGAUGAUGGGAGAUGCCAUCCACCCAAUGAUGCCCGAUCAGUCUCUUGGUGCUGUCACGGCCAUUGAGGACGCCUUUGCCAUUGGCUACAUUUUCAGCGAUCGUUUCAGGUUUUCCGUCCAAGACGGUCUCAAGCUGUAUGAGAACGUCCGCAAACCACGUGCUACCAGAAUCCAGGCCGCUUCCUUGAGAGCACGAGAAAAUUUGAACGAGCGUAUUGGAUGGUCCAGCAAGGAUAGCGACCGGCCUGACAAGCUGACAAUUACUGAGAUUUGCGGCUACGAUAUCAAAGCCGAUAUUGAAGAACAGGCAACAAAAAUGGGAAUUUUAUAG